AUGAGAACACGGGGUCUAGGAGAGCAGCCGCAAGGUGCGCACGCAUCCCACACUGGCGUCGACCGGAUGCUUUCGCGUCCGUUCUUGCCACAGCCGUCCCGGAACGGGAAGCAACGGAGAAAACGCAAUACGUUUCUUUACAUCUAUCUUCACAUUUUCCUCUUUUCUCUGCCUUUUCCAACCCCUAUUUCCUAUAUCUCUCUCUCUUUUUUCUUUUUCCUUAUAGUAUAUCUCUCUCUCUUUUUUCUUUUUCCUUAUAGUAUAUCUCUCUCUCUUUUUUCUUUUUCCUUAUAUGUCAGUUGUCUUGAAAUCUUUGAAGAAGCAUCUAUCUAUCUAUCUAUCUAUCAAUCUAUCUGUAUGUAUUUAUAUGUAUGUUUUGGUCUGUGCCUUCGUCUUUGCUUUCACUUUUUAACAAUUGCUUUCUUUCGUUCUGUUAUUCUCUUCAGUGUCGUUGUUUCUUUCCCUUUUACGAUUACUCUUUUUGCUCCUUAUUCAAAUUCUGAGUCUUAUAUCAACAGAGUCGAGAUACAAUCAAUCAAUCAGUCUAUCUAUCUAUCUAUCUAUCUAUCUAUCUAUCUAUCUAUCUAUCUAUCCUAG